AUGAUAAAUAGAUUGGAAACAUUACCAAAUGAAGUUCUUCUUUCUAUAUUCUCGUGUCUAUCAUGGUUUGAAAUGAUAACUUCUUUAUGGUCAUUGAAUAAACGAUUCAAUUCUCUUAUUUGCUCAAUCCUGUCUACAAAUGGUAUUAACCUUACUGAGCCAGGUUUAUCUUUUAAAAAAUGCUGCUCAACAUUGUUUCCUUUAAUUUGUAAUUCAUCAUCACCAUCUCUUGCUUCUUAUAUUCAUCGUAUUCAUUUUGAUGGAACAAAUUCAAGUGCUUCUGAUUUUAUAUAUGAAUGGCUAUUUUAUAAUAAUAACAAUCAUGAUGGAAAUAUUCAUCGUUAUCCUAAUCUUAAAUCAGUUGUUCUUACUCGAUGCUUGUUGGUUGAAUCAUUAAAUAAAACUUUAAAAUUAUUUAUGAAACAUCGACUAGAUGAGCUUACAUUAACAUUCGAUAAAGAGGCAUUCGAAUUCGAGCGAUACUUGAAUGUACCUCAAAUACUUGUUUUGAUUAAAGGUAAUGAAUCAUUAUUUUACUAA